AUGGCAGCAGUUAAAUUUGGCUCCCACUUGAAAGAAUUAAGAUUUUUGUUAUGUCAAACAUCUAAAUCCAGUCAAGGUGUCAGGGAGUUUAUAGAAAAAGAGUACGUGCCCUUGAAAUUGAGUAAUCCAAAAUUUCCAGUUCUAAUUAGAGAAUGUUCAGCAAUAGAACCUCGAUUGUAUGCACGAUAUGAAUUCGGCAAAGAAGCUUCUAUAUCUCUAGGAAAUUUAAAACCAGAAGAAAUUCUUCAGAAGCUAAAACAACUAGCCACUGCAAAACCUUAA